AUGGCUACUCGCAGACGAGGUCGUACACGUUCACGAAGAGAGAGUAGAAACGACCAACUGGCCGAUAACCAUGUCAAGUUCAUAGAGGCAAUGGCGAAUCUUGCAAACACCAUGGAGGCAAAUGCUGCUGCGACUCUGCAAGCUGUGCAGAGGUUAGGCCAACCGGCUGGAAACGAAAACGGAGAAGGAAACGGGAACGAUAAUGCAGAAGGAAAUGAUGAUAACAUGGGAGGUGCUCCAAUAACUUUGGCUACUUUUCUCAAGGUUCAUCCGCCAAGCUUUAGAGGUUCAACCAACCCUAUAGAAGCGGAUAAUUGGUUUCAGGCCAUGGAGCAUGCGUUACAAACACAACAUGUUCCGAACAACCAAUAUGUAGAAUUUGCUGCAUAUCAGCUUUUGGGAGAGGCCCAGCAUUGGUGGCAAGGAGAGUGCCACUUGCUACAGCUUCAGAAUGCCGAUGUUCCUUGGGAUGUAUUCCAAAUGGCCUUCUACAAGAAGUACCUUCCUGAAUCUGCAAGGGAAGCAACGGAGAUAGAACUUUUGCAGCUGAAGCAACGUUCCUCGUCUGUGGCAAACUAUACUAGCCAAUUUGAGGAGCUCUGUAGGUUCUCUAGGGUGUGUCAGGGUGCCCCGGAGACUUAUGAAAGUUGGAAGCGCAUCAGGUAUCAAAGGGGCUUGAAGGAUAACAUCAUGACUGCUAUGGCUCCUUUAGAGAUUCGGAUUUUCUCCGAUCUGGUGAACAAGGCGAGAGUUGUUGAGGAAUAUGCACAGACGGUAGCCUCGUCAAGGGACACUCGUGGAGGAAACACUAGUAGGGAACGUGAUGAUUACCUUGGACCAAGUGGACAACACUUCAAGAAAAAUGGUGAGGGGAAGCAGUCAAGAGCUUACUCCCCUGAUAUGAAAUGUCAGGAGUGUGGGAACUACCACCCGAAUAAGUCAUACCGGUUGGGUUUUGAAAAGUAUUACAAAAUUGGCAUUUGGUUUAAAGGGAAGAAUUUUCGGAUUCUUAAUGACGAUAAUCAGAGUGACGCAGUGGAAGGCGAGAGAGAAUAUUAA